AUGAGAACACUACAAGAACAAUUGCCUAAAGCAAGAAAGCAAGCUGUUGGAUCUACUGAGAUAUUCUGUUUUGCUGAUGGACUGGACAUCACACUCAUCCUGGGAAUACUGGCAUCAGUGGUAAAUGGAGCUUGCCUCCCUUUAAUGUCACUGCUUUUAGGAGAAAUAAGUGAUCACCUAACUAGUGGAUGUCUAGUCCAAACCAACACAACAAAUUAUCAAAACUGUACUCUGUCUGAAGAGAAGAGGAAUAAAGAUCUGAUUAUGUUGACCCUGUACUAUGUCGGAAUAGGACUUACUGCCUUGAUUUUUGGCCACAUGCAGAUUUCCUUUUGUGUUAUGACUGCCGCAUGACAGGCCAAAAGAAUUCGGAAACAGUUUUUUCAUUCAAUUUUAGCACAGGACAUCAGCUGGUUUGAUGGUUGUGACAUCAGUGAAUUUAACACUCGCAUGAUUAAGAGGAUGAGUAUAUAUGACAUCAAUAAAAUCAGCAAGGGAACUGGAGAUAAGAUUGCUCUAUUAUUUCAAAACAUUUCUACUUUUUCUAUUGGGCUGACAAUUGGCUUCGUAAAGGGCUGAAAACUCACCCUGGUAACUCUGUCCACAUCUCCCCUUAUAAUGGCUCCAGCAGCAAUGUGUUCUAGGAUGGUCAUCUCAUUAACCAGUAAGGAACUGAGUGCCUAUUCCAAAGCUGGGGCUGUAGCAGAAGAAGUCUUGUCAUCAAUCCGAACAGUCAUAGCCUUUGGCGCCCAGGAGAAAGAAAUUCAAAGGUAUACACAGAAUCUAAAAGAUGCAAAGGAUGUUGGCAUAAAAAAGACUAUCGCUUCAAAAGUGUUUCUUGGUGCUGUGUACUUUUUUAUGAAUGGAACCUAUGGACUUGCUUUUUGGUAUGGAACCUCCUUGAUUCUUAGUGGAGAACCUGGUUAUACCACUGGGACUGUUCUUGCUAUAAUAUUAUUCUUUCUGUUCCUGUAGGUUUUCUUUAGUGUAAUCCAUAGUAGCUACUGCAUUGGAGCAGCAGCCCCUCACUUUGAAACCUUCAGUGUCGCCAGAGGAGCUGCCUUUCAUAUUUUCCAGGUUAUUGAUAAGAAACCUAAUAUAGACAACUUUUCCACAACUGGAUAUAAACCUGAAUGCAUAGAAGGAACUGUGGAAUUUAAAACUGUUUCUUUCAGUUAUCCAUCACGCACAUCUAUCAAAAUUCUGAAAAGACUGAAUCUCAAAAUUAAGUCUGGAGAGACAGUAGCCUUUGUUGGCCCCAGUGGAAGUGGGAAGAGUACUGCAGUCCAGCUUCUGCAAAGAUUAUAUGAUCCUGAUGACGGCUUUGUAAGUUGGAUGGGAAAUGACAUCAGAACCCUGCAUGUGCGGCAUUAUUGAGAACAUAUUGGCGUGGUCUGACAAGAGCCUGUUUUCUUUGGGACCACCAUCAGCAACAAUAUGAAGUACGGACGAGAUGACGUGGCUGAUGAAGAGACUGAGAAGGCACCGAAAGAAGUAAAUGCUUAUGACUUUAUAAUGAAGUUUCCCAAUGUAAGUCUGUGCGUUGCCUAUGUUCUCAUCUUAGAGAUAGAAGUUCCUACCCAGGCUUUGUCCUAUCCUAGAACAAGCACAGGUCAGACUACAAUUGUGGUAGCUCACCGAAAUGCAGAUCUGAUUGUGACUAUAAAGGAUGAGAUGAUGGUGGAAAAAGGAACACAUGCUGAACUAAUGGCAAAACAAGGUCUCUAUUAUUCACUUACAAUGUCACAGGUAAUUAAAAAGGCUGAUGAACAGAUGGAUUCAGUGACACAUUCUACUGAAAGAAAUACUAGCCCUGUUUCUCUGUGUGCUGUGAAUAGCAUCAAGUCAGACAGUACAGACAAGUCUGGGGAAUCCAUCCCCUAUAAAGAGACAAGUCUUCCUGAAGUUUCCCUAUUAAAAAUUUUUUAAUUAAACAAGUCUGAAUGGCCUUUUGUGGUUCUGGGGACACUGGCUUCUGUUCUAAACGGAACUGUUCAUCCAGUAUUUUCUAUCAUCUUUGCAAAAAUCAUAACUAGAAGUAAAACCCAUUCACUAAUGUUUGAAGAUGAUAACAAACCUACAUUAAAAAAUGAUGCAGAAAUUUAUUCCAUGAUAUUUGUCAUUUGGGGCAUUAUUUGCUUUAUCAGUUACUUCAUGCAGGGAUUGUUCUAUGGCAAAGCAGGGGAAAUUUUAACCAUGACAUUAAGACACUUGGCAUUCAGAGCCAUGUUACAUCAGGAUAUUGCCUGGUUUGAUGAUAAAGAAAACAGCACAGGAGCCUUAACAACAACAUUAGCCACAGAUAUAGCACAAAUUCAAAGGGCAACAAGUUCAAGGGUUGGUGUCUUAACACAAAAUGCAACUAACAUGGGACUGCCAGUAAUCAUCUCCCUUAUAUACGGAUGGGAGAUGACACUCUUGAUUCUGAUCAUUGCUCCAGUCCUUGCUCUAACAGGAAUGAUUGAAACUGCAGCAGUGACUGGAUUUGCCAACAAGGAUGAACAGGAACUCAAGCGUGCCGGAAAGAUAGCAACUGAAGCUGUGGAGAAUAUACAUACUAUAGUGUCACUAACAAGAGAAAAAGUCUUCGAGCAGAUGUAUGAAGAGACUCUCUAGAAUCAGCACAGAAGUACCUUGAAGAAAGCACAGAUCAUUGGAAGCUGUUAUGCAUUCAGUCAUGCCUUUGUAUAUUUCGCCUAUGCAGCAGGAUUUCAAUUUGGAGCCUAUUUAGUCCAAGCUGGAUGGAUGACACCGGAGGGCAUGUUCGUAGUUUUUACUGCAAUUGCUUAUAGAGCUAUGGCCAUUGGAGAAACACUUGUUUUGGCACCUGAGUAAUCCAAGGCCAAAUCUGGGGCUGCACAUCUGUUUGCUUUGUUGGAAAAGAAACCAACUAUAGACAGCCAGAGUCAAAAAGGGAAAAAUCCAGACACAUUUGAAGGGAAUUUAGAGUUUCGAGAAGUCUCUUUCUUCUAUCCAUGCCACCCAGAAGUUUUUAUCCUUUGUGGUUUAUCCCUCAGUAUUGAGAGAGGGAAGACAGUCACAUUUGUUGGGAGCAACUGCUGUGGAAAAAUCACGUCUGUUCAGCUUCUACAGAGAUUUUAUGAUCCUGUGAAAGGACAAGUACUGUUUGAUGGUAUAGAUGCAAAAGAAUUGAAUGUACAGUGGCUCCGUUCCCAAAUAGGCAUCGUUUCUCAAGAGCCUGUGCUCUUCAACUGUAGCAUUGCUGAGAACAUUGCCUAUGGUGAUUACAGCCGCGUGGUGUCCUUAGAUGAGAUCAAAGAAGUCGCAAAUGCAGCAAAUAUCCACUCUUUCAUUGAAAGUCUCCCCAAGAAAUACAACACACAAGUGGGACUGAAAGGAACACAGCUUUCUGGUGGCCAGAAACAAAGACUAGCUAUUGCAGCAAGGGCUCUUCUACGAAAACCAAAAAUUUUACUGUUGGAUGAGGCCACAUCAGCCGUUGAUAAUGAGAGUGAAAAUGACGAUACUCUUUCCUGGGGCAAGAAAGGUGAAAGUGAGAAUGGAUCAGAUCUUCUACACCGAGAUUUGAAAGACACUUACUUGUAG